AGCAUUUUCAAUUAAGUUCCUAAAUUUUAACUUUUUUACUUCUAAUUCCCCCAUACGAUAGAUGGCGCCUUUUUCUCUUCUCUCUCUCAUUUUAGGGUUUUGAACUUUGAAGUUGGAAAGAAAGGGUUUUUCUUUUUCCAAACCUGAAUUCUGCAUCCUGAAUUUCGUCCCAGCACUCUUUAUUUGAUGAAAAUCUUAGGAAAAGCUUCAACAUUCAGAUUUCGAGCUUAGAAAUCGUGAAUAAUCUCCGACAAUGUCAUUCUCGUUCACUCCACAGCAGCAGCCACAGCAAUCCCUAUUUCAGUCUCCGUUCCAACAGUCCACUGGAUUCCAACCCCAACAGCAGCAGCAGCAGCAACAACAACAACAACAGCAACAGCUCACUCAGCCGCAGCCGCAGCCGCAGCUUUAUCUUUUUACAAACGAUAAGACUCCCGCUACUUAUAGUACCAAAUGGGCUGACCUCCAUCCUGAUUCGCAAAAAGUCCUACUUCAAAUUGAGGAGAGAAUAUUGGAGUAUAGAGACGAGAGCCAGCGAUUGGAUCAAUGCAGCAGGCUUUAUGACUCGUCAGUUUCUAGUAAUGGAUUCGAGCUUGAUGCCAGCUAUAUUGUUCAGGAACUGGGUGGAAUUAGUAUAGCUAUGGAAAGACAGAAGGCAACUUUACAAGAGCUAAUGACUGUUGUGAAAGAUAUGCUGCGAAAUACAGAAGUCGCUGUCCGGUCUUUUAUGAUAUUACGACCCAGGUUUCUGCACCAAAAUAAAACUGGUGCAGCAAGCACCACUGCACCUUCCCAGCCUUCAGGAGCAACUACUACUCAAACAUCCGGUAGUCAACCUGAUGCAAACUCUAUGGUGCCAAUAAUUGAUUUCUACAGCGGACUACCGAAGAAGCCAUCUCCCUUUCUGCACCAAACUGUUGCUAGAUUUGAGAAGUAUCUCUCUGAGUGUCGUCAGUGGAUUGAAGAGUUGGAGCAGUUGCUGCUUUUAGACUCUGAAAGGAACUCUUCCAAUCCAAGUUCUUCUCUGUUGCAAUCUCUGCCUAAGGUCAUGGCAAAUGUACAUGACUUUUUUGUGCAUGUUGCAGCAAAGGUGGAAAGCAUUCAUCAGUACCUUGAAUCCAUGAAGACAGCAUAUCUUGCUGAUCAACGCCAUCGAGGGGAUGGAAAUGAUCCGUUUCUUGAGGCUGAUCGGCGGGAAACAGCUAAACAGGAGGCUGCGGCUCGACGGGUUCACCCAACUUUACAUUUACCUGCAGCUUCGCUGUCAACAGGUCAAGGUACUGGACCCUUUGCCAUCUCAGCAGCACCUGGAACAUCAACAGCAGCAAGUACACCUGCCAUUGUAUCAGCCUCAAGUGGAAGUGGAUCCUCACUCUUUUCUACUCCUGCUGCUGCCUCAUCAACUCCUUCUCUGUUCUCUACGCCCACUGCUGCUGCUCCACUAACAUCAUUGUUAGGAACUGCUGCUACUCAUCAGUCAUCACCUUUUAGUUCAUUGUCUGCCUCAACAUCUGCUUUUGGCAUUUCCACUCCCUUGUUUAGUCCAACCCCUGCUUCUGGAGUUUCCACCUUUUCAACACCUUUUGGUACAGGAGCUGCAACAGGAUCAGGAGCAAGCUUCGGGACUGUCUCAAAGGCAAGGGCAAAAAGUCGCACUGGACGUCGUUAGUCAGUGAAAAAGAAUCAUUACUUUCACUAUCCGGCCUGUCUCUUCGAUCCAAAUGGAGCAUAAUUUUAUGCAUGAUUUGCUGAAAUGUAAGAUGAACUUAAAAUCUUGCAAUGGCCGCAAGUGAUAGCCAUUUGGGGACUUCUUGCACCCGUGAUUUCUGAAUGCUGUUGCUGAAAUGUUUCCGCUAGUGCAGAUAUUCUGACGAAACUACAAUUUGCAUUUGCUGAACUUCAGCUUUCUGUUUCUUGAUUUCUUUUGAUUUUCUUUUUACUGCAACAGAUGCAUCCUGAAAAGGAUCUCAGUUUUAGCAGUGUGUAACAACCUCUAGUAUUCUCCUAGGUGUAGAUCUUGUACUUGUUGAUUUACUGAAUAAUAUCUGUAUCCAGUUGCUCAAAAGAUUCUAAUUCGUCAACCCUCGAGCUUUAUUCUAUUCUAGUUUGGUGCUAACAUGCAAGGAACUCUUUGCGCUGUAAUUGUUGUCUCUCCACUAAAUACAUCAUUUUAUUUUUGUAGCA